CGGCUCUGAGCUCGUGUUUCUCUUUCGGCUUCACCAUGUUCUCUCGCAUCGCUAGACCAGCUUCUCAUGGGCUCAUCCGGGGUCUUUCCACCACAGCACAGGCCAAUGCCAGGGUGGCAGUGCUUGGUGCUUCAGGAGGAAUUGGGCAGCCAUUAUCCCUGCUGCUAAAGAACAGUCCUUUGAUUAGCAACCUUACUUUGUAUGAUAUUGCCCACACACCAGGUGUAGCAGCUGAUCUGAGCCACAUUGAGACCAGAGCGAAGGUUACAGGUUAUCUUGGAGCAGAGCAGCUUCCAGAAAGUCUUAAAGGUGCUGAUGUUGUUGUUAUACCAGCUGGUGUGCCAAGGAAACCAGGUAUGACCCGUGACGACUUAUUUACUACUAAUGCAUCCAUUGUGGCCACCCUGACUGAAGCAUGUGCAAAACAUUGCCCAGAAGCCAUGAUCUGCAUUAUUUCCAACCCUGUAAAUUCGACCAUCCCAAUCACAUCAGAAGUGUUUAAAAAACAUGGUGUUUACAACCCCAACCACAUUUUUGGUGUGACUACUUUGGAUAUUGUAAGAGCCAAUACCUUUGUUGCUGAGCUCAAGGGGUUAGACCCAGCACGUGUGAAUGUGCCCGUGGUUGGUGGACAUGCUGGCAAAACAAUUAUUCCCCUUAUUUCUCAGAGCACACCAAAAGUAGAGUUUCCCCAAGACCAGCUGGAAGCACUGAUUCCUCGAAUUCAAGACGCUGGGACAGAGGUUGUCAAGGCUAAAGCAGGAGCAGGAUCCGCUACUCUUUCAAUGGCUUAUGCUGGUGCCCGGUUUGUCUUCUCACUCCUGGAUGCCAUGAAUGGAAAAGAGGGUGUAAUUGAGUGCUCGUUUGUCAGGUCUGAGGAAACUGAGAGCCCAUACUUCUCAACUCCACUCCUGCUGGGGAAAAAUGGCAUUGAGAAGAAUCUGGGACUAGGCAAGCUGACUGCUUUUGAAGAGAAACUAGUUUCAGAAGCCAUGGGAGAACUAAAAGCCUCCAUUAAAAAGGGUGAAGAUUUCAUCAAGAGCCGGAAGUGAAAAGCCUAAUCCGGGUGAAGACUCUGCUUCCCUAAUUUAUUGAAGCAUUAUGACACUUUAGAAAGAUUGUACUUGUUAUAUGCUGUGAAGUUGUCUAUUCUGGUGAAGGAGGGAUCUGCUUCAUUACAUUGACUUGGUUCUCUCCUCCAACAUUAGAAAGACUUCUUCAUAGCAUACAAAACAAAACUGCUUGAUGGCACUUACAACUAAUAUGUUCACAACAUCCAAAUCCCACCGUGAUUCUUUCCAAGAA